AAUACCUUUAUUAAAAUGUCCCAGCUCCGAUUUAUGUGUCAUCUAAGACAACCUGAACAUCCGUUUACAAAACGCAAAGGGCUCAUCGCUUUCUCAGUCAAAAAAAAACCGACACAGAUUUGAUGAGGAGCAAGAAGACUCAUACUAUGAUGACUAUUUUAAGCGGGACGCAAAUCAAAGUAUUUUGUGAAAACCUAAAGGCACGUAUUCUGACAAAUUCUAUCUGAUGUCCUGCAGUUUUUUUUGUUCUCUUGUAACAAUACAGUGGUCUUUGUUCUUGCUCUUACAUUUUUAUAGCAAUUGACAGUUGGCUGCAAUUAUUCAUUGUUGUUGUUCAUUCUAACCGCUACUAUCGGUUACAGAGCCACGGUAAAAAAAUGGUGCUCAUGGCUGGUUAGUCUUAAUAGGUACAGUAACUCCGACUCGGAGUCUCCCACGUUGACAACUUGUGGCAUCAGAUGGCGUGUUUUCUCGAGGCUUGUGGAAACGGUGUGCUGUAGCGCUGGAUCUCGUUGGUUAGUAGCAGUAGACGUCAGCGUGUCUUAUUGCCUAAGAUUACCACUUGGCUUCUGGCGGUAAGAAGAAACUGUGACUGCCCGGGCAAUACCGAGUCCGCAGGAGAUGUGUUCUCUAUUUCUCAAAGAGUUUUCUUUGACUUGACUCUUCAGAUCGAGCAUAUCGCAGAGGGAGGCGUGAACAAGAAGAGACGGCCUCACCUUUACAAAGUGACUUGUUCCCACAACUCUUCAUCAGUCAUAAACAUACUCAUCUGCACAGCUGUUUGUUUCGUUUUCACAAAACACACUUGACGAAGAAGCAAAGCGGAAUAAAAAGCAAUCGCGAUACAGCUACAGCAGCGCUAUGGCACUAAACGUCGCUUUGCUCUCGCGUGUGGUUCUCUUGCUGGGAUACUCGAACCUGGGAGUCGCGGAUGCUGGAGUCACGCCGGGCUCCGUCCAGGACAGCAGCGUCUUCGCCGCUCCGGCAGAGCGCCCGUCUGACACGGCAGCGCUGGACAGCUCCGCUCAGGAUAUGGUCGCUCUUCACAUGUUCAGACUGUACGAAAAGUACAACAGAGAAGUCACCCGUCCUCGGGACGGGAAUACGGUGCGGAGCUUCAAAGCGAGCCCAGCACUGACAGAGCAGAGGGUUCUGUACCACUUCAAUCUCUCCUCUCUUCAGGAAUCGGAAGUCGUACUCGCGACAACGUUUCACUUCUCCUUCGACAAGCGCCCACGGCAGAGGUCCUGGGCCUGCAAGCGUGUCAAGACCUCCUCCUGCCGCCUCCAGCAGCUCCACCCGCUUCCUCCCGUGAACAUCGUCUUCAGAAGCGCCCCUUCGGACGGAGCCCCGGGGGCGCCGCUGGGGAGCUUCGCUUUCUAUCCGAGCAGGCGGGGAGCCUGGCAGCUGAAGGAUAUCACGCCGCUGAUCAAGGACGCCACGGAAACGGGCGAGCUCGUCAUAACCGCCGAGUUUGAUUUCGGGCAGAAAUCCCAGAAGUCCCAGGACCGCGUUUCGCCUUCCGACCUCCCGUACAUGCUGGUGUACGCCAACGACUUGGCGAUAUCUGAGCCCAACAGCGUGGCCAUGAGCCUGCAGAGGUACGACCCGUCCUCUGCCGCCGAAGAGGCCACGCGGUCCCCCAACGCUUCUCCUGACGCCCGAGUCAAGAGGGAGGCGGACUUCCCGGACCCCAUCCGAAACAACGAGCUCCCCGAGGUAGAGUACCACACCUUCCAGAAGCACGGGCUGUGGGAGAGCGCCUACCUGGCCCUGAAGCCCAAACCGCCGAAGAAGGACCGUCGGAGAAAAGCACAGGAGAACAGCGAGGGGUCGGCCAAGUCCCAGGUGCUCAGCUUUGAUGAGAAAACCAUGAAGAAAGCGCGGCGGAGACAGGGGAACGAGCCUCGGAUCUGCUCCAGGAGGUACCUGAAGGUGGACUUUGCGGACAUCGGCUGGAGUGAGUGGAUCUUGUCCCCCAAAUCAUUUGAUGCCUACUACUGUGCAGGAGCCUGCGAAUUCCCAAUGCCUAAGGUCGUUCGCCCCUCCAAUCACGCAACCAUUCAAAGCAUUGUGAAAGCAGUGGGAAUUAUUGCAGGAAUCCCAGAGCCCUGCUGUGUGCCUGACAAAAUGAACUCGCUCAGUGUCCUUUUCUUGGACGAGAACAAAAACGUGGUGUUAAAGAUUUACCCCAACAUGUCGGUGGAGACCUGUGCCUGCCGAUAGAGACAUCUGGGAAAGCUGAAGGUUGACUGAUUAACCGAGAGACCAAGACAUGGCCUUUUCUUCGUGCAGAAUCCUUCAAGAAGGGCGACACUGGCAGCUCUUCGGAUCCCUCAUGUGUUGGACAGUGAAGGUUUCCUUCAAGGACUGGAUAACUUUAGAUUACACUCUGUGUAAAAUACUGUUGAAAUGUAAUUGGUUCACAUUCCACAACUAUUUAUGAAACAAAAGUGUCCUGUCUCUUUCUGUGCGUGCAUAUUGUUGUUAUUCCUUUCUCCUUCUUCUAUAGGUGUAUGUGUGUGCAUCAUAAAUGUAGAGCGUGUGUGUGUGUGUGCAUGCGUUCACACAUACACAUCUAUUUUACAUAACAGAAUAGGAUUCUAACUGGAAAUAUAGCCUUAUCAGAAUUGUUAUAUAGCCUUAAGGUAUCACCAGAUACUGAAAAUCCUUGAUUCAUUCUGAAGAUUAUCAGGAGAAUAAUCUUUUGGUGGCUGGAAUCAAUAAAUUAAUCAGUUUUAUGAUUUAGCUUUCUUCUAGAACUGAGUAGGAAAAAUGCCCUUAUGUUUUUUUCACUGCAACUGCUUUUAAUCUGCACUGUAACAUAUCCCUGAAUCUGUUUGGAUUAUGUUUGUAAAUAGUAAUUUGUUUUUGUGCUACUAAAAGUGUCCAUCUUAUCGAAUAGUUAUAAAUAUGCUGGUCGGAACUGACGUUUUUUUAAAAGAAUACAUUUUAGCUCAUUUACUAAACUUUAAUUUUUUCAGUUUCCACUGAUAUUUUUCUUGAUUUAUCACACAACAUAUUUUUUUAUGAACAGUACGUUUUUUCUUCUUUGGUAGGUAAUAUCACUUUUUUAUCCGUCAUUUGUUUUGGAGAACAUUAUGCGUAUCUGUUUUAAAUUAUGAAGCCAGUAGUCAACACAAGUACCGUAAUAAAACAUAAAUAAGACAAAUAUUGUGUAUCUCUUUUUUUACUUAUAUAAUAGUCCAUGGUGUUCAGAAGAAUGGGGUAGGUAAUGAAAGUUCAGGAGAAGAAAUGACAACCAAAUUACCCAGCAUUCCUGUUGCUCUGACUCCAUGAUGCCACAUCCCAGAAUGCUAUAAAAACCACAGGGUCCUGACAUCCUUGUCCUGUGGUCUGGUGGUUGGCUCUCGGCUGAGCAGGCUAAGCCAAAAUUCUUUAUGAAUGCCUUUUCUGAUAAACAUUCCUUAUACAUAUUCAGAAUAGUGGUCAUUAUUCCAUG